GCGGAGUUUCAUACCGAACCAGACGCUCCUUUUGUCGGAUCCGUUUCGACUCGACUCCCCGGGGUUUACGGCUUCGAAAAAUCGACACGUAUUACAUUAAAUUCGCGCUGAAUGUACUGGAUUCGCACCGCGUAUCGAUUGCGAAGAGGAUUUAGUGUUAAAUUGAGCGAAAAAGGUUUGAGGGCUUGUGUUGCUGCAGGUCCGGUCGGAGCCACCUUGACUGUGUAGGUAUGAAUGGCAGCAGCAGCGUGGCUGGCACCCAGACUGGGCGAAUCAAACUCGAACCAGUAGCAGAUGUAUGGAGUAAGGAGGACUGUCUGACCCUGCUAGAGAGGAUUAGGAGUAUGCUGCCUGAUGAAGACACGUUAAAAUACAAGACCACCGAGUCUCAUUUUGACUGGGACAAAGUUGGCUUCGGCAGCUACACCGGGGACAUGUGUAAGCAAAAAUGGCAGAAGGUUUCCACCGAGGUUCGGAAGUACAGGACAAUGACCGAACUCCUUGUCGACGCAAUGGAAUAUGUAAGGAACCCUUAUAAAGGAAAGAAACUGAAGACACAUCCAGACUUCCCGAAGAAGCCCCUCACACCCUACUUUCGUUUCUUUAUGGAGAAGAGAGCCAAGUAUGCAAAAAUCCACCCAGAGAUGAGCAACCUCGAUCUCACUAAGAUCCUCUCCAAAAAAUACAAAGAGCUCCCUGAAAAGAAAAAGCUUAAAUACAUUCAGGAAUUCCAGAGGGAGAAGGAGUCCUUUGAGAAAAACAUGGCACGAUUCAAGGAAGACCACCCUGAGCUGAUAGAAGAACGAAAAAAGUCCGACCUCCCCGAGAAGCCUAAAACCCCUCAGCAGCUUUGGUACAAUCACGAAAAGAAAACCUUCAUGAAGCUUCACCCGGAGGUAAGUCAGAAGGAGUUGAAAGAGGCUUUACGGCGUCAGUGGUCUCAGCUCUCGGAUAAAAAGCGUCUGAAAUGGAUCAGCAAAGCGCUGGAACUGCAAAAAAACUACGAGGACAGCAUGAGGGCAUACCAUGAAGCACACCCAGAUGCAAACGCUGAGAACCACGUCAAGUCCGUCCUGACCAAAGCCGAGCGGCAGCUCAAGGAUAAAUUUGACGGACGGCCCACUAAGCCACCACCAAACGGCUAUUCUCUCUACUGCGCCGAGCUGAUGGUCAACAUGAAGGACGUCCCGAGCACAGAGAGGAUGGUGCUGUGCAGCAAGCAGUGGAAAAUGAUGACCCAGAAAGACAAGGACAUGUUCCAGAAGCGAUGUGAACAGAAAAAGAAGCAGUAUGAGAUUGAUCUCCAGAGGUUUCUUGAGACUCUGCCAGAUGAGGAAAGGGACAGAGUCUUGACGGAGGAGAAGCUGGGAGGCACCAAGCUAAGCCUUGUGGGAGGAAACUCUUUUGGGACUAAGUCCCCGUCAGGAAAGGAGCGGGGUCGAGAUUCCGAGUUGGACCAGUGGGUCCAUGGGCUGCCAAAGGAGAAGAAAGAUGGGAAGAAGAAGACGCAACUUCCCGAGACGCCCAAAACAGCAGAAGAGAUGUGGCAGCAGAGUGUGAUCGGUGACUACUUGGCCAAAUACAGGAACGACAGGAAGAAAGCACAAAACGCCAUGGAGGCUACUUGGAAGGACAUGGAGAAGAAAGAGAAAAUCCCCUGGAUUAAAAAGGCAGCCGAGGACCAGAAGCGAUACGAGGUUCAGUACCGGACUGUGAGAGAGCUAGUCGAGAUGAGGACAGUGCCAUCAGGUCACGGUCAGAGGAAGCCAAAGUUUGACGGAGAGCCCAAGAAACCUCCUGUGAGUGGCUACCAGAUGUUUUCCCAGGAGCUGCUCACAAACGGUGAGCUAAAUCACUUCUGCCUCAAGGAGCGCAUGGUGGAGAUCGGCAAGCGCUGGCAUAAGCUCAGCCAGAGCCAGAAGGACAAGUACAAGAAACAGGUGGAGGAGCAGCAACUCGAGUACAAAGCAGAGUUGGAUGCUUGGGUGAAGUCUCUCUCUCCUCAGGAGCGAGCGGUUUACAAAGAGUUCUCUUCUACAAAACGGCGGAGCACGACAAAGGCGCGGGGUCCCGAAGCCAAAGUGCGUGUCACCAAGGGGAAGGCGGUAGGUGCCCGAGCUGCAGCGCUGGGGGCCGGGGGGGGCAAACGUUCCAUGGCGUACCGGGUCAAGCAGGACACCUCAGACACAGAGGACGACAAGUCCGACUCGACAGACUCUGAGGACGAAGACGACGAGUCGUCCCCUUCCACAGACAGCGAAGAAGACGACGACGAGGAAGACGACGAGAACGAUGAGAAUGACGAAGACGACGAAGACCAGUCAGACGGCUCGAGCAGCUCGACAGAGGACACCAGCGAUUCCGAUUCAGACUAACGAUCCCGUCCUCUCCGUGGGAGGGGGCUGUGCAGGACACACCCCCAUACAACAUCCCUUCCUGCCAAUAGGGGAGGGGCUGAGUAGCUGUGAGCACACAGCACGCACUAAUGCGUCUGUCUCUCCUUAGUGAGGGACGUAGGACUCAGAAAAGUGACAGCUCUUCUCUCUCUCUUUCUCUCUCUCUAUCUCUCUCUAUAUAUAAUGUCCAAUUUACGGGCUUAAAGUCAACUGGACAACCUCUUAUUAACGAGCUGUUACUUGUGUGUUUAUCAAAGCAAUUUUUAUUGCCUUUAUAUAGGUGUGUUAUUAAAAAUUGUGUUGCUCGUUCCCUUUUUUUUUUAUUGUAUUCUUUUCGAAACAUUAACAGUGGUCUGAGGUGGACUUUGGGGGAGAAGGCCUUUUAUAACAGAGGUAUUGGAGCCUGGGUUUGUACACCUUAGUCAGUUCAGUGAAGCUCAGAGAGCUAUAUUAAGCUAGUCUGGUCUUGUUUGUUCAUUUUUUUGGACAAAUCCUCGAAAAUAAAUUGCACUUUUUCUUCUUUUA